AUUCCAGGCGCUGUGGCGGUUCCGGUACCAGUGCUGGCCACGUAUGGAAGACACAGCGCACCUCAGCUUCAAGGUACCGCCGCCAGGCAUCGAGUUCACCCUGCCUUCGCCCAAGAUCGGCAUCGAAGCCCUGCCUGUGGUCGACCCCUCCUGGAUGCCGCAGGUGAAGAGUAAGGUGGAGGACGUGACUCUGAAGGAGGAGCUACACUCGAUCGUGUCUGCGGGCAAGACGCGCCGCAAGCAGCAGGCCGAGCUGGUGCAGAUCGCGCUGCGCAAGGAAGACGAGAAGAAGCGGCUCGACCGCGAGAACUACCGCAUCAGCACCGUACCCGUCAACUACCAGGCGGCGCACGAGCCCAGCUUCUAUCACGUGGCCGGCGACGAACACGACGAGGCCACGGACGAGGAGCCGGCCGAGGUGCUGCGCGGCUCGCACGCCCAGUCGGCACCGCAGAUGUUCCCUUCGUGCCUGUGCACGGCGGCCACCAGCAUCAUCGCGCUGCUGGACGACACGGCCGUCACCGCCGACGGCAUGGCCGUCUACUGCGUGGCGCAGCGGGUGAUAUGGAAGUGCCUGGUGGAGGACAGUGCGCUAUUUCUGCGUCACUUCCUGGAGAAGCUGACGCGGGAGCGUCAGGAGGUGAUGAUCCAGUACCUACGCCGGCUGGUGCACACCUUUCCAAUGUUGCCACCGCAAACAGCCUUCGCCCUCUACAACUACCUGGUCGGCUACAUCAUGUUCCAGAUCCGUUCAAACUCCGAGUACGCCACGCAGAACAUCGCCAAUUCGCUGACCCUACUCUGGCAGGUGAUUCCUGGCAUCCAAGGGAUCCUGUUUAAGGACCUGAAGCAGAUCUUUCGGAAGGAGCAGUGCGACGCGACGCUGAUGCUGACGGCGAACGUGCCGUCGGCCAAGCGGAUCAUCGUGCACGGGCCGCAGGGUCCGGACGCGGGGGGCAUACCGUCCCAGUUCCCGAUCCAGGAGGACACACAGUUCUGCCAGAUCCUGACCGAAGCACGCGAGUUCUUCAGCAUCCCGGAGCGAGAACACGGCUCUUACUUCCUGGUCGACCACAAAACAGGCGUGAUUCACAAUCCGAAGGCGUUCGUGCGGGACUUUUACUUCUUCAAGCGGUCCCAGUAUCCUCAGCUGAGUCUCAUUCACGUCGACCCAGAGGAAGCCUACAACGCCAUGCAAAACAACGUGUUCUAUCUGAAAAUGCUAGAGAUCGGGAAGACAUUGAAGAGUUUAGCAAUGCUCAUGCGCCCAGAUCAGGUGGCACAGCGGGUGUUCUUCCUCCACGAGGAGCUGACCAAGCUGCCGGCGUUCCCGCGCAAGGCUCUUGAAACCGAGUUCCACCUAUACAAAGGAGGUCAUCUUGGAAAGGAGCUGAAAUGCCUGGAUAGCAUGCACAAGCUGAUUUGGGUGAAGAUGAUGUCGCGCAUGUUCGAGGGUAUGGCCGGGAACUUCGCCUACUCCGGCGACAUUCACCUCUUCAUCAAUGUGGUGAACGUGCUGCUGCUGCACUGCGAAGACAGCGCGAUGCUGAGGCUCGUCAUGGCUACCUACAUCAGCGCCGCCCAUCAGUUCAAGAACGUGUUCUCCAGCAAUGGGUACCUGCUGAUCAUGCCCACCAUCCUUCAGGUGUACAGCAACCACCAGUCGAAUUCACUGCUCUGCAGGACUGUAGAGUUUAUCUGCAAGCAGUUCUACGUGCUACAUCGCAAGCCGUUCGUGUUACAGAUGCUGGGAAGCAUUGCUCCCAUGCUGGACCUGAACACAGACUCUCCGUUCGCUGAUGCCAACAAGAUCCAGCCGGACACGCUGUUCCGUCUGCUGAUAUCUCUGGAGACGCCCUCGCCGGACCCGCUCAACACCAUCGAGCUGGUGACCAUCGAGAAGCCACUCCGCGCGCUCGACUUCUGCUACCACGAGGAGACGGACGACGUCACCAUCAUGGACGUCAUCAGCCUGUGCGUGACGGUGGUGGCGUACGCGGCCGACAGCCGGCGCGCGCACCAGAUGCUGAACGUGCUGGAGGCAGUGAUUCCGUUCUACCUGCGUCACGUAGAGCGCAUCUCUAGCGUGGCCACGUCGGCGGGCCCCAAGGCCGAGCUGAAGGGCGAGAAGGAGGUGAUCCACCAGCUGGCGCUGUCCAUCAAGACGCUCCUACACAACUGCGAGCCGUUGGCCAAGAACUACACGGGUCCGACUCGUGGCAGCACCGAGUUCAAGACGUCCAGCAUGAAGACGUUCACCAGGACGGCGGCGCAGGAGGCGCAUAACGCCGCACUCGACCUGGACGAGGACUCACACUCGCGCAUGUUUGUCAGCGACACGAGACGCACCAAUUUCAUGGAGCGUGACAUGGAAGACUCCGAGGUGCUGCGCGAGGCCUUCCGUCGGCCGCGAGACACCCUGCUCAACAUCGUGGCCGACUUCCUUACCCGCUGCUCGGCCAGACUGCAGGAGCUCAGCAAGAAGCCGGUCGCUGGAAGUGAGAGCAAGCAGGUCGAGUUGCUGGACGCAAAAUGCCACAGCCGUCUGGCAGAGAUCGCACACAGUCUGCUGAAGGUGGCCCCCUACGAUCCGGAGACAAUGUCGUGCCGUGGCCUGGUCAAGUACAUGAACCAGAUCCUCACGUACCCGGACUGGUCUCAAGAGGCGCUCAAGCCGACACUCAUCAUCAUCACGCGCCGACUGGAGAAGGUCUUCACGAAGAUACUCAAAAAGAGCUUCAUCAGGCGUCACACCGACUGGGUGGCAGCCGCCAACCUGCUCAAAGGCGUGUACACCACGCUCUGCAAGUACCCGUACAUCGCGCACCUGCCGCCGCUGAAGGCGCUCAUCCUCAUCUGUCAGUCGCUGAUCGUGGGCGAGAGCGGCGCGGCGGCAGCGGACGGCGCGGCCGCCGACACCGGCGCCGCCGUCCACUACCCGCCGCCCCAGCACUUCGCCUCCACCGUAGUCCGGCUCAUAGCCAUGCAGAUGUUGGCGCAGGGGGAGGCGCAUUCGCUGGAGCAGGUGUGUGGUGGAAGUUCCGUCUUCCCCAGCCCUGAAAAGACGGAGAACAUGCUGAUGAAUCUGCUGCUGCCACUCUGUCUCAGGGUUGGUUGCGGACGAACAGACGUUCCCAAGAUGCGGCAGGCGGACAUCAGCUUCGCGCUGACCGUGAUGCUACACGCUCUGCAGCCGCCGGCCUCGACGAAGCUGACGCCGGGCCUGGCAGCCGGCGCCGCCGGCGCCAGCGGCCUCAACAAGACCGAGGCCGGCCAGCACUCGACCAGCGAGGCGCGCACCCACAGCGCCGUACGGCCGUCCAUCUACUCAGUGGCGUUCCUGGGGCUGAAGAUCCUGUUGAUCUGCUUCGAGAAGAACCUGGCCAUGGACUGGCACCGCGUGGCGCGCACUGUGCAGGAGCUGGGGUCACAGGGCUGCGGAGGCCUGGCACUCUGGGACUUCCUGGACUUCGUCGUCACUUACCCCACACCCGUCUUCGUCCUGCUACUACCCUUCAUCAGACAGCAUCUGGAAUCACCGACAUACGACUUCGCCGACGAGGUCCACUUCAAGCAGCUGAUUCGCGAGAAGCUAGCUGGUAAUCAGGAGGAGAUGCCACGCAUCAAGUCCAAAGGCUCUGUUCUGAUGGAGUUGGCUCACGAGAUGAAGCUGGUGAAGGAAGAGAUCGCCAACUCCAAAACCGGGGACUUCGACCAUCGCAAGUCAGUGGUGGUAGACCUGCACAGCGACUUCCGCUCUCGUCUGUGGACUGGCUCCGUGUCGGAGGGACCCAAAUCUUCCAAAGUGUCAAGCCAGCGCUCGCUGCAGCGGGACGCCAGCGUCAAGAGCGAGCACUGGCCCCAGCCGGCCGGUCAGCGCACCAUGCGCGUCUACUCGAUGCGCUCGCGCGGCGCCGUGGAGCGCUUCCUGCGUCGCACCAGCUAUGCCGGAGCCGAGGACCGGGCCGGCGUCGCUGACGCCAGGACCGCCACCUCCGAGCCCCGGCUCUACAGAAAGUCGUUGUUUGUUAUGCGGAAGCGCGGCUCCCGCCACAGCACGGCCGACUCGGACACCACGCCAGGCGACUCAGCAACGGACCUGGACCAGGCGAUGAGCCCCGGCUCGGCUGACGAGGGCUCCACAUCAAGGCCGCAGCGCCACCGGCUGCAGCGUCAGAAGGCGCAGAGCAGGAAGACGUUCCGUUUCCGGAAAAGUCGCCGGGGAAACAACUUCGAGAUGAGCGCACUGGAGGACCAGACCGGCGAGGUAGACACAGGCGCCAGUGGCGCGGAGCCGAGCACGCCGGACGCCGCCGCGCCUUGCGAGAUCCCUGAGACCAUCGACGAGGUGUCGCUGCCGCUGUCUCCGCGUCCACCGCCGGCCGAAGCCGCGCCGCAGCCGGUCAUCCUGAGUGAUGUCAGUCCAACCAGCAGCAGCGCCGCCUACCGGGAGAGCCUGUGGCUGGACGAGGAGGACCUGUGUCAGCUGCAGACGCUGCGCGAGUCGACGCCGCCAGGGCAGCCCGGUGACGACAGCAGCCGAGACGCGUGCGUGUGA